AUGGAAGUCGAUGAGUGCCGGGGACACCUCGCGGAUCAGCGAGUGCCGCCUUCGUCGGGAAAUGACCCCUUUCACGACGAUCACCACGAGGCUAGCCUCGACUCGGCGUAUGAAGACAAUUUUGAUUGCGGCGAGGAGGCGACGCAACGACGUCUUCUCAUAACUCGAAUUCUGAGUUCACCUCUGCUCUUCUGUGCUGCUGCUUCUUCGUCUUCGUCUCCGAAGCCGUCGAGCGAGCAAGCUCAUUUGCAAUCUCUGACUCCGCCCUCCGACGACGAUACCGAGGACGCUCCAAAUAGUCUGGAGAUUAGCACAACCGAAACCGAAGAGUAUGAUUGUCCUUCCCUCAACGGAAGCACUCUCGAACACCGGCCCUGCUCGCUUGAUUCACUUGUGGAAGACGCAGCGUAUCGACCGCCUGCUGAUGACGAUGACGAUAAGCGGGGGGCCGGUGACGAGACUCGAUUUAUGAGAAUUCUGAGGAGACCGAGGAAGCCGCGCAGCAACAAUAGCGACGAAGCCCCAUCGAAAACCUCACUCGGAGUCGAUGAUCAAUCUCUGCAUAUUUCUGUCACGAAAGUUCUCGACGAUAUCAUCGAGAGGAUUUCUGCCAUCAGCGGCUACGUGGCGGAGAAUGCCUCUCAAGACACCGACUCGAUCGAAGGCGAGUGUGACACGCUGUCGGCCUCCGAUGUGCCCUGCCUACCGUGGCGAACUAGUCGUCCCAUGUCCGGGCGUUCGAUCUCGACGGAUUCCGGUUUCUCAUCUGUCGACGAUUCAAGACUCAGCCAGUCGAGCUCGGAGUAUGCCGCCUCGCCGGCCACAACCGCUACGACCGAUUCUUCGGAUGAAGCUCAGGUUCUAGAGAGGAGCCGUCGUAGAUCUCUUCGGCGCGACGCCGAACCCCCGCUCAAAGUGUUACGAGUAACAGAUACUGCCAAGCAAUGUGCCACGAUAACCACGAGCCGUGACUCGGUUGUGGAUUGCGUUAAAGCAGCCAGCCAAACCGAGAUCAGCAACAGCGGUAGCAACGACAACAACCAGAGUCCACUGGUAUCACUCACUGCCCCUAGCGCAAAUAGGGCUCCGGCCUUAGGCUUUUUACAAUCCAAGUCGGUCUCCCCGUUUGCCAAGCCUCCGACAGCCGCGGUUUCUUCCGCCGCUGUCAAAGAAGUACCCUGCCGAUGGAAAGAUUGCGUUUUCGUCACCUCGAAGGACAACGACCUAGCUGAUCAUAUCGCCGAUGCGCAUGUAGGUCCUCAAGCCGAUAGUGGAUCAUUCGUUUGUCUCUGGGAUUCCUGCAAGGUAUACAAUGUCCCGUCUACGUGUAAACACUGGCUAGAACAGCACGUUGUCAAACAUUCCCGGAGCAAACCGUUGAAAUGUAUUGUUGACGGAUGCCUGCAAAGAUUCUCAACGAAACCUCUCCUCGAGGCUCAUGUGAACUCCCAUUUCGAGAAAAACUCCAAACUCAAGAAUGAAGCAUCGCUCAAAAGUCAUCAACUACUCAAACUCGCCAAGAGAAAACGUUUGCUGCGACAAAACAGCAAAAUGCAAGCUGGUCGUAAGUACGACUUCUUCGACGCCUGCGCCAUGCACCACAUUAAGGAAAGCCUGCUCCACUUAGCUGAGACCGAGCAGGCACACUCCCGCAAUUCAGGACCCUCCCUCCCGCAAAGCCCGCCCGCUUCCGCAUGUUCCCAAAAACUUGAAACCGCUACCAAACAAGCCAAUUUCACGAAUUCCUCGCUUAGAAGAAGUGGUCGAAGAAAGGUCGCACUUACGGAUAAGCUCCAUGAUGCGUCUAUAGCGGCUGAAGUGACCGCUGCCACCCAUACCACCCCUGCCAUGUUGACUACCACUGCCGUUGCGGUACAUGAAUCUUCGGACAGCGGACGCAGCUCGCUCCCACCGGAGAAAACGGUCCUUGAUUCGUAUGUCAGAGCUUGGAGAACAACUCGUUCCGGGGAGAAACAAAUGCUGAUCUCUUAUUACAAACCUCAGCUGGAAGAAGAAACCGAAGCUUCGGCCUGAGCUGGGAUCACAACAAUAGGAUGACGCAGACACAGAGACAAACUUUAUACUUAACUUAUAUAAGUAUACACUUACAUACAUUAUACACAUAGUUUAUGGAAUUGACAGAAAGACCGACAUGCAGAGAAUGGCCGUCGGAGCCUAACCGGGAGGCUUAUUGCGACUCACGUUGCGACCGUGUACUACCUGUAAUUAUUAUGAGUGAUUUUGGGUCGGUAUAGACAGGGAUGAACGAUUCGUAGUGGGACGAGACCUUGCAGUCGGGACCCGGGGAGGGACUGUGAAAAGUAGAUACGAGAAAGACGGAUGCAUCAAUUAUUCUAUAUCGAUCUCGAAAUGUGUUUUCUCUGCAUAGCGAGAGCGUUGAGAGAAGCAUCAGAGAAGUAACAGCAGCAGCAGACGUGUAUGAACCGCUGAACGUGAAAAUAAAAAAGCAUUUAAUUAGAUU